UAAAAAAAACCCUGUUAUUUAUCAGUAAUUAUUGCAUUAAACAUUUAACAGGAAGUAAGGGCAGUUACAGCCAAGUAAUAUAUUCAUGAUUUUUAUGACUCUUUACAUUCUCUACUAACACAUUUAAAGUCAUUCCAGGUGUCAUGUGUCAUUCUGAACCUUCACGCGCCUUUUUUUUCUCUUCCAGUAAGAUGCUUGGCUUGCUCAGUGUCCUCCUGCUCUCGUCACAUGUCCUUCCUCUCGUCCAGUCACAGCAGUGCAAUGAAAGAACAGAGUACUUGAAAGACAAUCGGUGCUGCAAAAAAUGUAAACCAGGGCAGCUUAUGACACAGAAAUGCGGAGUAGGAAUGACUGACACUCAGUGUUCCCCAUGUGGAAAUGGCUUCUUCAUGGAUGAAUAUAAUGUCAAUAACAACUGGUGCAAACAUUGCACAACGUGCACCAAGGAAUAUAUGAAGAAUAUGAAGGACUGUACGGCGACAAGUGAUGCAGUGUGUACAUGUGAGGAGGGCUACAGAUGCAGUGACAGCAAAUGCCAGACGUGUGAGAAAAUUCAGACAACUACUGUUACUACUUCUACUCCUUCUACUAAAACAAUACCGCCCACCCAUGAUAAUGUGUGGAUCUCGGUGAGUCUGUGUUUUGCGUGUGUGUGUGUGUGCGCUCUGCUCACCUGUUUCCUUCUCAUCAGCAGACAUGCACGACCAUGUGGAUGGAUCAUGUCAACAUCAAUCGGUCUCUGCCCCUCCAACAAGAGCAUCUUUGGAUCCAGUCAGUGCACAGAGGAAGAGGAGGUACCAAUGCCAGUGCAGGAGGUGUGUGGAAAGACUGAAAAACUGGAGGAUGUCUGAGAAAAGAGCAGGAAGAAGACCGCUGAUGCGUCUAUGGAUUGAGUAUUUACUCUAAUACAAACCUGCUGCUGCCAUUUACGCAAGAGAAAAUCUGCACUCAGGUGGCCCAUAUGAAGGAUCUGUGAGAAUGACUGUCCAUCCUGAGAAAUGCUGAGAUAGAGAGAGGUUUGAGUUGCCACUGCACAUAAGGAGACACUCAACAUACAACAUAAGGGCUUAUCUUUUUCAACAAAUGAAGGUUUUAUUCUCUGCACGCUUGUUUGUAUUUAUAAUCGAGUAGUUUUUGCACAA